CUUUUGCUUCCUGUUGUGCAUUAUUUGUCAGUAUUACUCGGUUAUUUUCCCAGCACUGGUGGUCGAUAGCGUCAUCCUGCGCCUAAGCUCGCACCUCCGGCUUCGCUCCCCGCCAGCUUUUUCUCUCCAAUCCAGCCUGCAGAUUCCCCCCUCCCCCUCCUUUUAUUCCUUCGGGUGCCCGUCAAUAAUCUCCCUCCAUGCUCUCUCGCUCCUCGCUUCGGUCAUUAAGUGCCCAAGCGUCGAAGAUUCGGCUCACCCGUUCGUCUCUCGUCUGUUCGCCAAUCACUCAAUCCAAUCGAGCCUACACAAGCUACGGCAUUGCCACUAGAAACCAGAAGAGAGGAGUCCUGGAUUCUUCAUCUCGCUCAGCUAUCUCCACUCCCACUGGGCUGCGUCUGGCCUCGCUCACAAGACAAUUUUCAUCCACUUCGCCUGCAGCGAACUCGAGCAACAUGCCGCCGGUGGAGACAAAACAGUAUGACUAUAUCGUGUUAGGUGGUGGUAGCGGUGGUAGCGGUAGUGGCCGUAGAGCUGCCGGUUGGUACGGAGCGAAGACAUUGAUUGUGGAGAGUGGACGCGCUGGCGGUACUUGCGUUAAUGUUGGCUGCGUCCCCAAGAAGAUGACCUGGAACUUCGCUUCCAUCACCGAAUCGAUCGAGGCCGGCCGCCACUACGGUUAUGACCUCCCUCAUAAUAUUGACGUAAACUACACACAUUUCAAGAAACUGCGCGACUCCACAAUUGAGCGGUUGAAUGGCGUAUACGAGAAAAACUGGGGUAACGAAGGAAUUGACCUCGUGCACGGCCGGGCUCGCUUCGUUGAGAAAAAGACCAUCGAGGUCACCAACCAGGACGGCAGCAGGACACGGUACACUGCGCCGCACAUCCUAAUUGCGACCGGUGGCCGACCCAGCCUUCCGGAUAUCAAGGGCUCUGAGCACGGUAUUAGUAGCGAUGGAUUCUUUGAGAUUGAGGAGCUGCCCCCUAAGCUUGCUGUUGUUGGUGCGGGGUACAUCGCCGUCGAGCUGGCAGGUGUCAUGGGCACUGUCGGCGUUGACACACACAUGUUCAUCCGUGGCGAGACCUUCUUGCGCAAAUUCGAUCCAAUGAUCCAGAAGACCAUGACGGAGCGAUACGAGGCCGUCGGCAUUCACGUUCACAAGAAGCACCCUGGUAUCAAGGAGGUUCAGCUCCUUCGCGACGGCAAGGGCAAGGACAAGCUUCUCAAGCUGAUAAUGAACGAUGGCUCGGAGAUGGAGGUCAACGAACUCCUAUGGGCUAUCGGCCGUGUCCCCGAAGUUGAGGAUUUGCAUCUUGAGAUCCCCGGUGUGGAACUCAACAAGAGUGGGCACGUUGUUGUCGACGAAUACCAAAACACCAACGUCGAGGGCAUUUACGCUAUUGGCGAUGUCACAGGUCAGGCCGAGCUAACCCCAGUUGCUAUCGCUGCCGGCCGCCAACUCGGCAACCGCCUCUUCGGCGGACCCCAAUUCAAAAAUGCCAAACUCUCUUAUGACAACAUUCCAACAGUCGUCUUCUCCCACCCUGAGGUCGGCACCGUCGGUCUCACAGAGCCGCAAGCCCGCGAGCGCUUCGGCGACGAGAACGUCAAGGUCUACCACACCCGCUUCCCGGCCAUGUUUUAUUCCGUCUUCCCGCCCGAGGAGAAGGCGAAGAACCCAACUGAGUUCAAGAUGGUUGUUGCAGGACCAGAGGAGAAGGUUGUUGGAUUGCACCUUCUGGGUCUCGGUGUUGGGGAGAUGACGCAAGGGUUUGGAGUAGCCGUGAAGAUGGGUGCUACGAAGAAGGACUUUGACAGCUGUGUUGCUAUUCAUCCUACUAGUGCGGAAGAGCUUGUUACUUUGCGUUAG